AUGUGGAGCUCAUCCGCGCUUUCCCACCUCACAUGCGAUGAGCAAAAGCCAUUCUGCUCGAAUUGCGAGAAGUAUGGCUCAAGUUGCGAGUACCCUCGGCUGAGGAGCGCGGUUGCUCCCGAGGUCGCACUCUCGCCCACUGCCCUGGAUACGCCUUCAUCUACGCAGAGCUCUGUUGUGGGCAGGCUACACAACGAUGGAAUUGGAAGUCAAGAAUUACUCGCCGACAUUGCGCACAUGCGAUUGUUGCAUCAUUUCACCACCGUUACUGCGAAGACGUUGGCACACGAACCAGAGGCAGCGGAUAUUUUCAUCAGCUACAUUCCGAAGAUCGCUUUCGAAAACCCAUUUGUUCUUCAUGCGAUUCUGUCUCUCACUGCUCUUCAUCUCAGCAGGUCGGAAUCGGCCCAACGAGCUGAUUACCUACUUCGAGCCAGGCGCCAUCAUCAAAUCGCACUCACCCAAUUUCGGAGUGAAGUGAAAGACAUCUCAGAAACGAACCUCCCUGCAGUGCUUAUCUUCAACGCCUUCCUUUUCCCCUAUACCUGUGCCAUGUCUGCGAGCUCGACCGAUCUUGAAGAUGCCUUUGAGAGUAUCUUUUCGAAUCUGCUUGUGACUAGGAUGGUGGGUCCGCUCAUACAAGCCAGCGGAAGGUACGACUACAUGCGACAAUCUGAACUGGGACGCAUUAUGCCCAAAGAUGUUCAUUCGGUCACAUGGGACAAAGCGAAGGCGCCGGAUGAGACAGAACUGGUUCAGCUCCGCAAAUUUGCCGACGUAAUUCACCACAUCUACCAUCCUGAGAUUAACGAAGCCUAUAGAGAAGCCAUUCGCCUGCUAGAACUACUUUUCGAUGCAACUGGUCGAUUGUCCAAGCCUCCAUCAGACUCUCUGCUCCGGAUUUGGAUCCAUUUCGUGCCAUCUCGCUUUGUCGAACUGCUCUCUGAGAGACAACCAGGAGCGUUGAUCAUUUUCGCGCACUACGGUGUCAUCUUGGGAAAAGGUCGACAAUAUUGGUUCCUGGACGGAAUCGAUGAGUUGAUUCUAGCCAUUGCCGAUGCAUUCGUUCCGACAGAAUGGAAGAACUGGCUCGAUUGGCCGAAAGAGCAGAUACGUGCCUGUUAUCCCAUGGCGCACGAAUAA